UUUUGGCGGAAAACUUCUCGGGUCAAGAUAUGGGUCUAUUAAAAAAAGUUUUAACCUAAAACCCUCACAGCUUCUCUUUCACGCUAUGUGCUUUCUUCUUCCUAAAAACCCUAAAUCUCUCAAUCGCCACAUUCUUCUCCUUCACUCCUGUUGUUCAUCCUCCUCCUUCUACUUCAACUUCCCAUCUGACGUUGAAUUUAUCAACAAACCCUAAUGAACAAUAUACCCAAUCAAUCCGUUCUUUAGUUUCUUCAUUCCUUUUUCAAACCCUAAAACUCCAGCCGUAGAGAGAUUGAAGAGUAGCAGAUGGAGGUUGGUUCUGGGUGGAGAUGGCAGAGGAAGCGGUAGAUCAUGGGUUGGGUGGCAAACACGGUAGAUCGAAGAAGAAGGUCGGGGAGGGUUCGAAAACUGAAAAAGAUGUUAGCUACUACCUUGUGGACUCUCGAACAUGGAAAACAUUCCGACGAAGUUUGUAGACAAGCAAAAACUUGAAAUCGAGAACCAACAACACAACUGAUUUAGGGUACAAGUCUUCAUUCAAAUAGGAUGGGGUCAUCAGAAACUGCUAUUGCUGUCCACUGGCGCACAUGAAAGAUACUUAUAAGAUACUUACAAAUUGCUGAUGAUGACGAUAAGCUACAUAUACGUUACGUAGCGAUAGUGUUAAAAUAGCGGGCGCUAUUUCAUGUUUAGCGAUACACAAGAAGAAAAUUUUAGAAAUACUUUACAUGUAUAUUUUACCAAAACAUUAAAUUUUUUUUACAAAAAUCCGCUAAUUGUCGCUACCAACUAUAUAACGACACGUGAGCGAUUCGCUUCGCUACGCUAUUCGCUAUAGCGGGCACCAUAGUUAUUAACGGUGAAUAGCGACAAAUAACGAUAAGGUACCUAUAUGUUAGAUAGUGAAUAACAAUAAAUAGCAGGCAAUGAUGGUGAUUAACGGUGGGUAUAAGUUCCGGGGGUGGUAGAAGGUGAUUGUGGUGGUGACGGUUGACAAUUGUGGCGGACAGUGGUGGUUUGGUUUUCAGUGCAAACAUUAAUGGUUUUUAAUAGUUAUUUGUUUUGUUUUUACUUUUUAUAAUUUUUUUGGAGUUGUUUUUUUUUAAUUUUUGGUUGGUUUUGCAGCUACUUUUUAUAUUUGGUUGGUUUUGCAUCUACCGGUGUUCCUCUGCCUUCUGCAGGUGGAAGAAAAUGAUGAAAUCAAUGGUCGUUUCAAGAUGGGGGCAAUAAAAAAGAAGUUAAGAAAAGUGUCGCUGAGAUUUCUUCAAAGUGUGAUGUUGAUUGAUAUAUGGAAGAUAUCCAAACGACAGUUGAGUGAUGAAGGGAAGUACACAGAAGAGCAACUUCAAGAAUACAUGAUGUCACGCAGGAAGAAAAUGAUUGAUUCUCUUUGGAAGCUUGAUGUGGCAGAUAUUGAAGCCACGGUUUCUUGUGUCUGUCAGGUUCUUCAUGAUCAUACUGAAAAAAAGAGGAGCCAAGGGAUUGAGAAUUCUUUGUUGGAUCUUUCAGGUGUUAUUAUGUGUACAUACGGUACAUUGCCAUUAUGGGAAAACAGCGUUGUAUCCCCAAAACAAGUAAAGAAGGCAAUUGUUGCAGAACGGGUCAAAAUGGUUUAUGGGAUUCUCACAACAGAUUUUAGAUGGAACCCGACACAGACUGAUGCAAGUGAAUUCAGCGAAUUGGAGGAACUUUCAAGGAAUCUAAACCGGUCACAAACUGCACUUUUGACAGAAAAAGACACUGCAAAACUACACUUUUCACAACAAUACAAAGGUUGCAAAAAUUGCUUAAAAACCGGGCAUUUCGAAAUUCUGAAAAUUUUUCGUCCCCUAUAAUGUAUGCCAUCUAACUAUCCAAUAUUACUCUCUUUUGUGUAGACUUUAUUUAGUAAAAAUAGCAUUUGUAACCCAUUUAUUACUUAUAAAUUGGUUGGUUCAGGUUAUGGUUGUAUCAAACAUAUUUAG